UUCAUUAAAUUUUCAACCGGCGUAAUUUUUUGGACAAUCGCAAUGAAAUUCGUUCUGGAAACCGUGUCCAAGUGUUCCGGCCGCCUUGGUUCGCUCAGCGGCGUGGACCGACUAGCCAGCAGCGCCAAGUUUCAAACGCCGGCCCUCGUACUCCACACCAAGGGUGGCAGCGUCCCGCACCUUUCGAAAGAAGUGUUGCACUAUCUGACCGGUGCAGAGCCACAGCUGAUGCAGUACUCGCUGAACGGAACCGUCCACAUGGAGGAAGCCGUACGGGGUUGUGGCGAUGGGCUUUCCGGCUUUGUCGCCCAGAAAGAAUCGGUGUCUUUGCUGGUGCUGCGCGAUCCGGCCGAACCGUGCCAGCCCGGCUAUCACGAGAAGGACGUGGUGCCGGUAUUUGGCCGCAGCGGGCGGAAGAACUUUACCGCGGAAAGUUACAUGAGUUUGGUGGAGGCGUUCCGGCCGGACGUUUACGUGCCGCUGUUUGACGGCGAUACCGACGGGGGGAGUUCGAAGAAGCGCGAGCAGAGGUCACAGGAGCGGACCGAGACGUUCGUGGAGCAGUGUCUAGAGGUGCACCGGAAGUCGGAAAAGCUGAAGGGCGCUUCCGUUUUGGGUCCGAUCGUGGGUGGUUACAACAAGAAGCUGCGGGAGAAAUCAGUUCAAUUUGUUGAACGGUUGAAGGAUGACUUUGCUGGAUAUUUUAUAGCGGGACUUCAUUCGAAUGGUAUUUCUGCUACUGAAGUAAAGGCGGCACCUCUGCUGGACAUUGUGUCUUCAGUCUGUCAGCAGCUACCCUCGGAAAAGCCCAGAUUCAUGUUCGGUGCCUUCACCCCACAGCUGGUUCUGGAACUCGUGGUUCGCGGAGUGGACAUCUUCGACACGAGCUACCCGUACUUGAAAACGCAACAGAACCGGGCGCUUAACUUUAGCUUCGACACGUCGGACAGCACCGUGGCCACGCGGAAGAACGAACUUGACCUGACGGAUGCCUGCUGGGCGGAGGACUUUACCGGGUUCGUCGACGGUUGUCAGUGUUUGGCCUGCACCAAGCACACCAAGGCGUACACGCACCAUCUGUACAACACGAGGGAAAUGCUGGCGCCGAUUCUGCUCAUGAUCCACAAUCUACAUCACUAUUUUGAGUUCUUCAAAGCGAUCCGGAGGCACGUAGCGCAGGACACGGUUGGCGAACUGAUUGCCCACAUCAACAAGCAUGUGAUGGUUCCGGUUACUGACAGAGUGGCAAAAGAAACUGGCAAAAGUUUGGACGGUGCAGAACUCAAGGAAUCCGUUUCCGUUCAGGUUGAAGCAAAGCGGGUGAAAGUGUAGAAGUAUUGCAACGAC